CCGCGGCCGCUGCGCCGCCGCCGCCCCGCCGGGCCCCGAGCCCGAGCCCACCGAGCAGGGGACGCCCGCCGCCUCCAGCCCGCGCGUCCGGAGCACCGCGGGUCCCGCACGCCUCGCCCGGAGCCGCGCGCCCUGCAGACUCCGGUCCUCGCCCCUCUUUCUUCUCCUCUCGCUCUCACCUUCUCCCUUUCUUUGAUCGCUUUCUCCUCCUGCCGGACCUCCCUCCAUCUCUCCCUCCUUCCCCCUGGUCCGCUUUCUACCUUUCUCCUGUUCUCACCUUGUUGUCCUUUUCUCCUCUCCACUCUUCUCUGACUCCUCCAGCAGCAGCCCUCCCUGGCCCUGCAGACUGAUUUGUGCCCCUGUGCCUCAGUGUCUCUCGUCUCACUUUCUCCCGGCUCAGCGCCGGGCGGCCGGACCCCGGGGGAAGGAAGGAUGGUUCCCGAGGUGAGGAUCCUCUCCUCCUUGCUGGGACUCGCGCUGCUCUGGUUUCCCUUGGACUCCCACGCUCGAGCCCGCCCAGACAUGUUCUGCCUUUUCCACGGGAAGAGAUACUCCCCCGGUGAGAGUUGGCACCCCUACUUGGAGCCACAAGGUCUGAUGUACUGCCUACGCUGUACCUGCUCAGAGACUGCCCAAGUGAGUUGUUACCGUCUCCACUGCCCACCUGUCCACUGCCCACAGCCCGUGACGGAGCCACAGCAAUGCUGUCCCAGGUGUGUGGAACCUCAUACCCCCUCUGGGCUCCGGGCCCCUCCCAAAUCCUGCCAACACAAUGGGACCACGUACCAACACGGGGAGAUCUUCAGUGCCCAUGAACUGUUCCCUGGCCGCCUGCCCAACCAGUGUGUCCUCUGCAGCUGUACCGAGGGCCAGAUCUACUGUGGCCUCAUGACCUGCCCUGAACCCGGCUGCCCUGCACCCCUCCCACUGCCCGACUCCUGCUGCCAGGUCUGCAAAGAUGGGGCAAAUGAGAAGUCAGCGGAAGAAGACACCGUGCAGUCACACCAUGGGGCGAGACGUUCCCAGGAUCCGUGUUCGGGUGAUGGUGGGAGGAGAGGCCCAGGUACCCCAGCCCCCACUGGCCUCAGCUCUCCUCUGGGCUUCAUCCCUCGCCACUUCCGACCCAAGAGUGCAGGCAGCACGACUGUGAAGAUUGUCCUGAAGGAGAAACAUAAGAAAGCCUGCGUGCAUGGGGGGAAGACAUACUCGCACGGUGAGGUGUGGCACCCGGCCUUCCGCUCCUUCGGCCCCCUGCCCUGCAUCCUGUGCACUUGCCAGGAUGGCUACCAGGACUGCCAGCGUGUGACCUGCCCCACCGAGUACCCCUGCCACCACCCAGAGAAAGUGGCAGGGAAAUGCUGCAAGAUUUGCCCAGAGGACAAGGCCGACACUGCCCACAGUGAGAUCAGUCCCACCAGGUGUCCUAAAGUGCCUGGCCGGGUCCUCGUUCACACGUCAGUUUCCCCAAGCCCAGACAGCCUGCACCGCUUUGCCCUUGAGCAUGAGGCCUCUGACCAGGUGGAGAUCUACCUCUGGAAGUUGGUAAAAGAUGAGGAAACUGAGGCUCAGAGAGGUGAAGUACCUGGCCCAAGGCCACACAGCCAGAAUCUUCCACUUGAUUCAGAUCAAGAAAGUCAGGAAGCAAGACUUCCAGAAAGAGGCACAAAACUUCCGGCUGCUUACUGGCACCCACGAAGGUCACUGGACCAUCUUCCUAGCCCAGACUCCAGAGCUGAAGGUCACAGCCAGUCCAGACAAAGCGACCAAGACCUUGUAACAAAUACCUAAACAGUUGCAGAUAUGAGCUUUAUCAUUUUUGUUAUUAUAUAUUAAUAAAUAAGUUGCAUUA